CUUUAGUACGGUUUAGUUUUAACUGGAGUUACAGUAGCUAGCUCAUUGUCUGAUAUUUUAUACGAGCCUAGGGUCUUGUCUGUGUGUAAAAUUCAGAGAAAUGGAUGCAGCCGCCGGAGCUAACGGUGGUGAAGAAAAUCACAACCACCCAAAUGAAAUCAACGACCCAAUUGUUAUGGACGCACGUGAUUUAGUAAUCGCCCCACCGCCGCCUAGAGUGAGGAGAUCAAGGAGGAGGAGACAAGAGUUCAGGCGUUAUUUUGCAUCAUAUUCAGGUACUUUAAGUGGUGAUGAUAAUGACGAGGACAAGAAUGAAUUGUCUGUUAUGGAUCUUGAUUGGUUUUAUGAUUUGUCUAAUUUUCCUGAGUCUGCUUUGCUAGAGAUCUUGAUUAGGUUGCCUGUCAAAUCCCUGUUUAGAUAUAAGUGUGUGUGUAAGAAUUGGUUGGAUUUAAUUUCGCAUCCCUCGUCUUCAAGGUUUUAUGUGUCUUCUAGGCUCAAUGCUUCCUCACCCUUUAGAUUGUUUUAUCGUUAUGUAUAUGUGCCUGAGUUUAAGGAGGUUUUGAGAAGGUUGAAGCCUGAUGUUUAUGUUUCGAGGGAGUUUUCGGUGUUGUUUCUGUCCAGUUUGGAGGAACAGCAGAUGUCCGACCAGUUUAAGGUCCUGGCGGUGAGUAAUGGUUUGGUUAUGUUUUGUUUGUUGGGGCCUUUAGUUUAUUAUGUUUGUGAUCCGGUGACUAGGCAGUGGGUUAGUCUUCCGAGGGGGAGGCAGAAUGCUUUAAUUCGUCACCCGGUGUUUUUUGGUGAGGGGCUUGUUAGUAGGGUCGAUGAGAAUAAUAUGGUUAUGAGCUAUAGGGCUGUCCGUGUGGAGUGCCUUUUAGGGGAAUCGUUCUCUGUCAAUUUGGAGGUGUUUGCCUCCGAAACUGGUGUGUGGACGGCUCACAGGCUAGUUUGUCCCAGAAAGAUUCGGUUGCUCAGGCGUGGCAUUGGACCCAUCAAUUUUAAUGGGAUAUUGCAUUGGUUCGUACACGAACAUGGGAUGGUAGCUUUCGACCCAUAUGGGAAUAGUAACCAAUGCCGGUUAAUUCAGUUUCCAGAUGGCUGUGACACUGAUAAUGAGGAGAAGCAUGACGGACUGUAUCGGUUAUGCAAUGUUAGUCAAGGAAAGCUGAGAUAUUUGGAAAUAGCUCCGGAGCCCUCGGAAAUCAUCUGUUUUAGCAUGUGGGUGCUCGAAGAUUAUGAGAGAGGGGAGUGGGUUAUGGAGUUUCAGGUAACCCGUAGUGAUCUAUUCUCAGAUGAUGAGAGUUUGAGUAACUUGUUGCCAACAGCAACUUUUAUUCCUCUGUCAUUCCACCCAUUUGAUGCUAAUGUUGUGUAUAUGCGCUGUGUGGAACGGUCUUGUAUUGUAACUUAUAAUGUUCGAGCUAAACGGUUGGAUGUCGCAUGUGAGGUUGAUGGUGGUGUUGAAGACCUCUCUUGGCGUGUGGUGAUCCCAGUUGUGCUUCCCAUGUGGCCGGCACCGCUUCCUCGCCCCCCAAACAAGUCACUCAAGCGGUCAUUAAUAUGUGACAAGUAAUUAAUUACUUGUCUAAUAUGUUUCCCAUUGUUGUGUGGUCGUUAGCUAAUUGUUUUUUCCCGUACUUAAAUAAACUGUUCCAACUGUAAACUUUUUUCUGCAUCAUCCCAUGUUUUCUUUUACCUGGGGUAAAAUGUUUAAAAUUGUAGUUCAAGACACACAAGCUAUUUGCUUGUCGUCAACUCUCUAAAUGAAAUAGUUAUGCAACCCAUGUUGUAUUUGUUUCA